GCACGUGCGGCGUCGGGUGGAGGCGUCGUUCUCCGGGUGUCCCGACAUGUCCCCUCCACCUAACCUCCUCAUCCGUGGCGGUGCAUCGCGGCUCGCGAAGGAGCAUGCCAGCCAGUCGGUUUUUAUCCAGCGGAUGGGACGGUGUGUGGCGGUCUGGCGCGAGUGGCAGCGGGUUCAUACGAUCGGACACAGUGCGAACCGUCCCUGGCUCCGUUCGUUACACGAAAGGAACGCGUCCGCGGCUGUAUUCGUCUGAGAGACUCGAGGGAGGCGUGUCGUGCGCGUGUGUCGGUCCCCGAACGAGACAGACCGAGUGCGUGGUGUACAACCAGCGGCCAGGGAAGAUCGAAGCUAUCAGCGGAGGUGCAGGCGCUUGUCGGCCAUUGCGCUUUCUUCGUGUCGCUGUUACGACCGCGCGGUGCUCUGCUAUCGGUGCGUGUUGCGUUAUACCGGGUGUGCUGAAUGCCGUAACCUGAGGCCUCCCUUCUCUGCAGCAGCGGCCAGCCUCUACCCCCCGUCGUGAAGAAACCAUCAACGUGCACAUCGGGGAGAUCGAUGCAAGGAGGAAUACAUUAAACGGAGCGACUCGUCCGCACGGAGGGAGAUUUACAAAUAGAAAACGACUCUCGACUUCCGUCAAAUUUGUGUUUCUAAUACACAGAGGAAAAAGUGAGAGAGACUUUGUGCUAUUGUAUAUCUGGUGGCAGUCAGCAGCCGAUGCAUUUUGUAUUAAACUAGCAAUAGAAAGAAACUAUAGAAAGAAAGGAAGAAACGACGGUGGAUGUGUGUUCUCGAGGCAGAAUUCGACGACGACGAUCGAAGAGCGACGAUCGAAGCCGCGCGAAGUUGAAAGAGGAAUCCCAGCGGAUGCGCAGGCAUCUCCCGCGCGAUCGUUAAAGUGAAAGGCGCUGCUGGCUGCUACGUGCACGCGCCGAGACCACGCGUGACAUUUUUACGAUGGCGCGUUAACGCGCCGUUGCGACACAACGGUGUCUCUUCUCGCGCGCGAUCUCCUCUCCCGUUUGAUAUUUAAAAGGGGACACGGCCGGCACGGAACUCUCUGUUGGAGAUAGAGAGUGAGAGGGAGGGACGCGAGAGUGGCAUCCUGAUCCGAGCUGUAACGUUGUUCAGUCACAGGGUGAAAGAGCAACGGAGAGUAGACUUAUUCGUCGCGAACACAGAAAAAGAGAGAGAGAGAGAGAGAGAGAGAAGAUCGCCAUGCGGACACGCGUCUAGAUCCACAAUAACGGAAGAGAGGAAGAGUUCAGGUGUUCCUCCUGAGAGAAAAAGAGAAAGAGGCAUCCUUGACCCUGGGUUCGUGCACCGUGAAUCAAGGAAAUCGACACGGGAUACGAGUGAAAAGUCCGGUUUCGUGCAACCCGUUUGCGCACGCACGCACACACACACACACACACGCACAUACAUAUACACGUGUAUAUAGAUUCUGUGGCGGGAAACGUCGGUUUUUGACCGGCAGAGGGGGCCAACGAACCCGAGCCGACUCUCCCGAUAGGUGGUGUCAGCGCGAAACGGCGCGGGACGACCUCGAACCUCGAAAACAUCUCUCUCGUUGGCUCGGCUCGAGCAACUGGUCCAGCAGCUUGUAAAAGACGUCCUUCCUGUUGUCCUUGGUCCUCGUCGAGGGGGGACCGACCGGCCCUGGUGGUGUCCUGGGGCCGCAGAUGGGAGCUGGCCUGCCGGUGCCCGACAGGGUGAUCAACCCCGGAAAACCGUACCAGCCGUCCGGACUUCCGCUCGUCGCCCACGUUCUCCCCCCUCCUGCUCGUCGCCCGCCAGGCUUCUCUCCGUCGACUCGGCCGCGUAAACUCGAUCAAGCUGGAAUUGAUGGAGUUGGAGAACAUCGUGGCGAACACUGUGUACCUGAAAGCGAGAGAAGGCGGUGGUGACAGUAACAAGGGUAAGAGUAAAAAAUGGCGAAAGAUACUCCAGUUUCCACACAUCUCCCAGUGCAUCGGCCUAAAAGAUAAGUUAGACAUCAGGUACAGCUAUGUGGUGGAUCAACAGCCGAUCGGUAGGCUAUUGUUCAGGCAAUUCUGCCAGGACAAGAAGCCGUCCUACCAUCGGUACAACCUCUUUCUGGACGCGAUCGAGAAGUACGAGAUCGAGAUGGAUGAGAAUCGGACCGAGCUGGCCAAGGACCUAUUCGAGCAAUACCUGAAGAGAGAGGGCUCCGAGGUCGUCGACAUCCUAAACGACUCUUUGAUCGCCCAGUGUGAGGAGAGACUCGGCACCGGCGGCAAGGAGCUCUUUGUCGAGAUCGCGCAGACCGUGAAAAACUUCCUGGCCGGCGAGCCUUUUUCAGCUUUCCAAACCAGCUUUUAUUUCUACAGGUACCUUCAAUGGAAGUGGCUGGAGGCGCAGCCGGUCACGUACAAGACGUUCCGCAUGUACAGAGUGCUGGGAAAGGGUGGAUUCGGCGAGGUGUGCGCCUGCCAGGUGCGAGCGACCGGCAAGAUGUACGCGUGCAAGAAACUGGAGAAGAAACGGAUCAAGAAACGAAAGGGCGAGGCGAUGGUGCUCAUCGAGAAGAACAUACUCCAAAAGAUCAACUCCAAGUUCGUCGUUUCGCUGGCGUACGCCUACGAGACCAAGGACGCGCUCUGCCUGGUCCUGACGAUCAUGAACGGUGGAGACUUGAAGUUCCACAUCUACAACAUGGGCGGUGAGCCUGGCUUCGACAUCAAUCGCGCCAGGUUCUACGCGGCGGAGGUUGUCUGCGGCUUGGAGCACUUGCACCUGCAGGGUAUAGUUUACAGAGAUUGCAAGCCGGAGAACAUACUGCUGGACGAUCACGGCCACGUGAGGAUAUCCGACCUUGGUCUGGCGGUGGAGAUCACGGAGGGUGACAUGGUCACGGGGAGAGUGGGCACCGUUGGUUACAUGGCCCCGGAGGUGAUCGACAACGAGAAGUACACGUUCUCGCCGGACUGGUUCAGCUUCGGGUGUCUGUUGUACGAGAUGAUCGAGGGCCAGGCCCCGUUUCGCGCGCGAAAGGAGAAGGUGAAGCGUGAGGAGGUGGACAGGAGGGUGAAGGAAGAUCAGGAAAGGUACUCGACCAAGUUCACCGAGGAGGCGAAGAGCCUCUGUCAGCAGCUGUUGAAGAAGAGCCCGAAGAACAGGCUCGGCUGCAAGUGCGGCCGACACGGCGCCAAGGAAGUAAAGUUGCACAGCUUUUUUCAGUGCUUGAACUGGAAGAGGGUCGAGGCCGGUAUGUGGGAACCGCCGUUUGUCCCGGAUGUGACCCCACGCGGUGUACGCUAAGGACGUGCUGGACAUCGAGCAGUUCUCCACAGUGAAAGGUGUCAAUUUAGAUGCAACCGAUGACACGUUUUAUAGCAAAUUCAACACCGGCAGCGUGUCCAUCCCGUGGCAGAA